CAAGUAGUAUUUUACUGGGUACUUACACUUUUAUUGGAGUGGUUUAGAAAUAAAUUCUGUACUUGCUAGUAAGUGGUUUGUUCGGUUCUGGCCAGCAACAAAUCCGUUUCCUCAAACCGGUACGUGAGUAAAAAGAGAGAGAGAGGGGAGAAACGUGACGUCACGUGAUUGCGUUCUACUCCCAAGCUGUCGGUGGGUGAAGACAUUUCUGAUUUUAGUCGAAUUUUGAAUUUCUGUCUCUCGAUUAAUUUCACAAGCGCGUAUUACUGUGUUUCGUGAAGAAUAUCGUCAUAGAAUGCAAUUGACAGACGUUGCAUAGUAUCAGCACUGCUGGUUUGUGGGGGAAACAAAAGGAGUUUUGAUUUCCAAGGAAAUUGGGUGUUGGAUCAUAUUUAUUUUCAACUGGAGGGACAGAUCCAGUUGUAAUGGCAGAAAACAAUUUCCCUCCCCUGCCUCGCUUCAUCCCUCUGAGGCCAUGUUUCUAUCAGGAUUUUAACGAGAUCCCAGAUGUACAUCGCUCCAUGUGCAAGAAGCUGUACUACCUAUGGAUCUUUAACAGUGCCACCUUGGCGGUCAAUCUGAUUGGCUGCCUGGCAUGGAUGUGCGGCGGGGGUGGAGCCACUAACUUUGGCAUGGCCAUUCUGUGGCUCAUCCUGUUCACCCCCUGUUCCUACGUGUGCUGGUUCAGACCCAUCUACAAGGCCUUCAAGACUGACAGCUCGUUCAACUUCAUGGCGUUCUUCUUCGUGUUCAUGGCCCAGGUGGUGAUCAGCAUCAUUCAGUGUAUAGGCAUCCCAGGCUGGGGCGUCUGUGGCUGGCUGGCUACCAUCACCUUCUUCAGCACCAAUAUAGGUUCUGCUGUUGUCAUGCUGAUCCCCACCAUCAUGUUCACUGCCAUGGCUGUCCUCUCCUUCACUGGGCUCACCAAGGUGCACAACAUGUACCGUGGCACUGGGGGCAGUAUGAGUAAAGCCCAGGAGGAGUGGACCACCGGGGCUUGGAAGAACCCUCACGUCCAGCAGGCAGCGCAGCAGGCCGCUGUAGGGGUGGCGCAGGGAGCCAUGCAGCAGCAACAACCCCAGUACUCACAGGCACCCACCUAUAACUACGACGACCCGGGCAUGUAGGGCAGGGUGGAGGAGAGUGUCAGGGUGGGAGAUGGGGGGUGAGAUAUA